AUGGAUAACUUCCCUUUCCUUGGACUCCAUAACCUUAGGGUUGGUGCUGCACGUGAUGAUUUGCAGAAACACCGUCUCUUUUGGAGACUGGCAUUUGAUCAAGCCAAUCAUAUAAUAAGAUCAGCUUCUCUUGUUAACGCCUUAGGUAACGAUCAAGAUUAUAAGCUAGGCCGAGAACCUAAGGCAUCGACGCUACACACAUCGUCUAGAGGAGCACAUGAACAUACGAAGGAAGAGAUACUAUUCUACUCUAGCCUAUUCAUCAUGGAGACAAAAGAGAACACGAACAAGCGCCACCGUUGCGAUCGCGUCACGUCAACGGAGAAGCAGAAACGAGAGAGAAAAUGA